AUGGCAGAGCUAGAAAGCCCAAAUGUGAUGCCAAAACUAAUCGCAUUUCUCUCUUCUUUGCUUCAAAGGGUAGCUGAAUCUAAUGAUUUUAACCGUGGAUUUAAGCCACAGAAAAUUUCAGUCUUUCAUGGACUGACUAGGCCUACUAUCUCUAUUCAAAGUUACUUGGAGAGAAUUUUCGAGUACGCAAAUUGUAGCCCUUGUUGCUUUGUUGUUGCAUAUGUUUAUCUUGAUAGGUUUGCUCAAAGACAACCUUCUUUGCCUAUCAAUUCAUUCAAUGUUCAUCGGUUGCUUAUAACAAGUGUCUUGGUUUCUGCAAAGUUCAUGGAUGACAUGUAUUACAACAAUGCUUACUACGCAAAAGUUGGAGGAAUUAGCACAAUUGAGAUGAACUAUCUUGAAGUGGAUUUUCUGUUUGGAUUAGGCUUCCAUUUAAAUGUGACUCCAAAUACUUUCCACACAUAUUGCUCCUACCUUCAAAGAGAGAUGAUGCAACAACCUUCUCUAAAUUUUGCUGAAUCUUCACUAAACUUUGGGAGAUCACUAAAAGUCCAUUUGUGUUUCACCGAAGACGAGACAUCCCAUCAACAACAGCAACUUGCUGUUUAA